UAAACUGACAAAGCUCAUCUAAACCCCAGACUUCAACGGAUAAGGCUUUUGCGCUUACUCACUCCAUGAAUUCAACCCUCUGCAAAACCUAACAAGCCCUGCUCUCUCUCUCUUUAACUUUUCAAAUCAUGGGCACCAAUGUUCUUCCUCAGGCUUUAUUUAUGAUGCCAAGAAACCCUACACAAUGUUCUCCGAAGAAGCUAGGGUUGUGUGCAUUUGUCUCUCAUCGUCCCCCUUCUUUGAAUUACACUGGAAUUGCGAUUUCUAGGGUUUCAAGGAACCAAUUGGGGUUGAGUUUUGAUGCGUUCGUUGCAGAAGUGGCUUCCUCUAGGUCUUUUUCUGUCAGAGCCGAAUCGAACUCCGGAGGAGAAUCAGAAACUGCUGAGAGUGUUGAUACUGAGACAGAACCAGAGCCGGACUCUGAAGUUAAAUUAGAAGUCGAAUCAGAGUCAAAGCCGCCGAGAAAGCCAAUAGUUAAGCUAGGCGAUAUAAUGGGGAUAUUGAAUAAACAAGCGAUUGAAGCAUCAGAGAAGGAAAGGCCUGUUCCGGACCUCAGAACUGGCGACAUUGUGGAAAUUAAACUAGAAGUUCCAGAAAAUAGGCGUAGAUUGUCUAUAUAUAAAGGUAUAGUUAUCUCAAAGCAAAAUGCCGGUAUCCACACAACAAUUCGGAUUCGUAGGAUCAUAGCGGGGAUUGGAGUUGAGAUUGUAUUUCCUGUGUACUCGCCAAACAUCAAGGAGAUCAAAGUAAUUAAGCACAGGAAAGUCAGAAGGGCAAGGUUGUACUAUUUGAGAGACAAGCUUCCUAGGCUCUCCACUUUCAAAUGAGAAUCAUCAAUGCAGCAGUACAUUAGUGUAUUUUGCAUUUUAAGCAUGGUAACUGAUGAAUGCUCGGAUGCCAUUGAAGAAACAGCUUAGAAAGAGGAAGAAGAAUGGAAAAGUGAAAUCAGACUGCUUGUUUUAUGACUUCCAAUGAACACUUCUUUCUCAAGUUUGUAAUACAUUGUUUAAUUUUUUCAAUGAAAAACCAGCUAUUUUGAAAA